AUGGCGAUCACAGUCAAGUGCCAAAAGCUCCUAGAUGCCGAAAUCCUUCAGCGGUCGUCACAGGUAGUCUCGGUUGUAGGCAAUCGAGCAUACAUCUUCGGAGGAGAGCUACGGCCUCGUGAGCCCCGGGAUAAUGGCGUGCACGCUGUACCUUUGGAUGAUGCAACUGCCUCGAUAAAUACACAGCCUCCAGCAUCUUUGUCCCCCUCCGCUAGAGUUGGAACAGCAUCCGCAACUCUUAAUGACAAAAUCUACCUAUUUUCCGGUCGCGGAGGCGUCGCAAUGGCUCCGAUCGAAGAGCAAGGCGCAGUCUGGGAAUAUGACCCGAAAACGCACACUUGGUUUCUGAUUCAACCUUCUACAACCAAGUCGGCCGCAGUCCCAGCGGCUCGCAGCUAUCAUUGUAUGGCCAGCGACGGUAAAGAUACACUCUACCUCCACGCAGGAUGCCCGGAAUCAGGUCGACUUUCAGACCUCUGGGCCUUCAAUGUCCCUCGCAAGGAAUGGACUGAGCUUGCACCUGCCUUCGAUCCACCUCGUGGUGGCACAUCGAUUGCAUUCGCAGAUGGGAAAUUGUAUCGUAUGAAUGGCUUCGACGGAAAAACCGAACAGGGCGGAAACCUGGACAUCUACACUCCAGAGACUAAUUCUUGGGACACGCAUAUUUAUGUCCCCGAUGGGACUCAUGGCCCGGCCCCACGGAGUGUCGGCGUGUUACUGCCUGUUUCCAUCAGUGGCCGACCUUAUCUUGUUACCCUGUUCGGAGAGCGAGAUCCUAGUUCAUUAGGCCACCAGGGUGCAGGAAAGAUGUUGAGUGAUGUAUGGAGCUUUGAUAUUGAGAAUAAGAAGUGGGAACAUGUGAAUCUGCAUGGUGGUCAAGUUCCAGUUGCCAGAGGUUGGUUCGAUGCUGAUGUCGCGGCCGCAAAUGCCAUUAUUGUUCAUGGUGGGUUGGGAGAGUCGAAUAAUCGGCUUGGGGACAUCUGGAGACUCGAGUUUGCGUAG